AUGUAUCCCCGGGACAGGAAGCACAUCUCGGGGAAGGCCUGGCGUCUAGUUGUGCCAGGAGCUGUUCCCUCUCAUCUCUGUUGGCUAUUUCCUUAUCCGCUGCUGCUGGUUUGUGCUGCGGAGAAGGAGUGGGUAUGCGUGCCGCGUCUCACAUGCGCCACGGUGCUUGAACACCCCACCCGGUCACUCACCUACCGAGCACCGCCACCCUCUGAGCUGCACACUUCAAAGGAUGGCGCUCCAGAGGGUGAGGUCCCGCCAAUCCACUGCCCCGUGUGCCUGGAGGCCUGGAACACACAGGACCGCCUCCCAAAGUUCCUCACCUGCCACCAUAGCGUGUGUGUCACCUGCGCGGGGCGUCUGCAGCGGCCCGUCCCCCAAGCACCCUCCGGUAGACGGGCCGCGCAGUCUCCUUCAACUCCCACCUCCCCUCUGGCGCGUCUCAUUGCCAAUAGAAUCUCCACCGUCAGCAUCCCAGAGUCCAAGUGCGAGGAGACGUUCCAUGUAAGGUGUCCGCUGUGCCGCACCUCCACCCCCGUGCAGGAUCCCGCCGCCCUGCAGACUAACUUUUACUUGUGGGGACUCCUGCGCCCCCCGUCUCUGCCCAGGCUGGUGCUGUGGUGUGAGACCUGCAGCAGGGUGGCCUCGCCCGACUGUACUGACCACAACCUUCGUCCUUACCCCGAAAAGCUGCGGCUGCUUCAGGAGGAGCUUGUAGAGAGGGCAGACGAGGCGAAGAGGUGGACGCAGAGUCGAGCAGGGGAGUACCGGCGGCAGGUAGAGGUAUACCGCUGGUUGUGCGGGCUGCUGCGUCACGCCCACGGCCGCGUGCUAGACUCCCUCAACCACGCCCAGCGCACCCACCGACGUCUACACCACCACAAUCAGGAAGUACAGGCUAUGGUAAAGCGUGGUGAGGCGUUGCAGAAGUCCCAGGAUGCGGAGGAGCAGGUGGUGGAGCAGCUGGUGCGGGCGGUGGAGGAAGUGGAAGAGCGGCACCGUACCGUUGCGGGCGAGGCGGACUUCGUGGAGCUGCUGCAGAUGUUCCCCGUCAUGUCCUCGCACAAAGGCCCCCGCGGGUAUGGCCACGCCCGUGUUGUGCUUGAGGCUAAUGACUCUGUGAUGCUGUCAUUCAGCGGGGAGGAGGAGUGGCACAAAGACAUGGUGGAGUCAAGGCGAGGCAGCGGAACCAAGGACCGCUCCAGCUCCCUCAGUGACGGUACGCGCAGGAGGCCUUCGUCGCGACAGAUGAUUCGGUCCCGCUCCCUCCUGCACACCAAGGGAAGGGCUGACCACCUGGACCCUGGGGAUGCAAGUGACCACCUAGCGUCGCGUACCAGCACGCCCACCAGUCGACGCUCCGCUUUGGGGGUGUUCGAUAACAGUGACGUGUAUGAGGAGGAGGCGUCCCUCUCACUCCCCAGCGCUGUCGCCUCCACGCCACAGCCUCCGCGUAACAAAAAGUCCCUUGUGAGUAAAGAGUCAGGUCCUCCUCCGUCAGACUUACCUUCGGGGCCCUACGACGACAGUGCUGGAUGUAGACGAGGAGAUUCAGACGAAGAGCACAUUCGACUUCAAAGACCAAGAGCCCAGCGAGGACGAGGGCCACGUCGCCGCCGACAAGACAGAAACAGCCGCCCCGCUGGACACCGCCGAGGGGUACAAAGCUUGUGUUCCCUGAUGUGAGGACUGGAACUCGUCGUGUGCUUCAAUAAUAGUACUAGAGAGAGAGAGAGAGAGAGAGAGAGAGAGAGAGAGGGGUAUAUCAACUCAUGGUGUUGAGGUUCAUAAAUACCAAGUGUUCCCAGCGUGUUCCUUCUGAGUUCAUCAUUUUUGACUGAAGUCUCGGCGAUAAGAGACACGUUUUAUCAGAUAGGCAAGCAGAUUAUCAAGAAAGGACUAGAGUAACAUAGGAAAUAAUAAUAACAACAAACACUUGAAUAGUUUAUAAGAAAAAGUGAUAGUGGUGGAAGAAAGAGAAAACAAUUAAGACAACAGCAGGACAAGGAAGGCACCACAAACUUACCAUUCACACGCAUGACCAGCUCGGCCCUCGGUGAUGUCUCGUGGUUAACCGUACUAGUAUUGAUGAUGAUGAUGAUGAUGAUAGUAACAAUAAUGAUAAUAAUAAUGAUAAUAAUAAUAAUAAUAAUAAUGAUAAUAAUAAUAAUAAUAAUAGGGAUGAUGAUAAUAAUUGUAAUAACUAUGAUGUACAUGUACAUGACAAUGAAAUACACAAGGUUAUUGAAA